UGAUGCUUUGCUACUGGUUUUGAAUGCUGUUCCGCAAAGCAGCGUUGCGGAUGUGGGCAGCAGCAGUGCGCAGCGGCCUGUGUGCUGCAGCAGCGCGGCGCGAUCAGCCAUGAACCCGGAGGAGCAGACAGUAACCUGGCUCAUCUCACUAGGAGUCCUAAAUUCCCCUAAAAAGAACAUCGCGGAUCCAGAGGGAUUUCUCAAAGCGUCACUUCGAGAUGGGGUUGUCUUGUGCAAGCUCAUGGAGCGACUUGUGCCAGGAUCUAUUACAAAGUAUUGUCCGGAUCCUAAAUGUGAAGCUGACUGCAUUGGAAACAUUCGGGAGUUUUUGAAAGGAUGUGUUCCUUUAAAGGUUGAGGGGUUUGAACCGGAAAGCUUAUAUACCGGUGAGAAUUUUAGCAAGGUUCUGUCCACGCUAUCAGCAAUAAACAUCGCCACUCAAGACCGUGAUACUGGGAGGCCAUGUCCGCAGUCCAGCUCCUCUGCUCCUAAUUUGUCAAUCUCGUCAUCAUCCUCCUCAAAGUCCAGGUCCUUGCGGAGACAAUCAAAAGCUGUGGAGAUGUCAGAAAAUGGAGCAGGUGGCCAGCUGGUGGUGAAGGCGCGCUUCAACUUCAAACAGAACAAUGAAGAUGAGCUGUCGUUCAACAAGGGCGAGCUGAUCCAUGUCACCCGGCAGGAGGAGGGAGGAUGGUGGGAGGGGACACUUAAUGGCAAGACUGGAUGGUUCCCCAGUAACUAUGUCCGAGAGGUCAAACCAUGUGAGAAACCAAUCUCCCCCAAAGCAGUGAAGGGAUUUGAUGUUCCACAGCUGACCAAAAACUACUACAAUGUGGUGGUGCAAGACAUCCUGGAGCACGAGCGCGAGUUUGUAAAAGAGCUCCAGACGGUUCUCACCUGCUACCUGCGACCCCUACAGGGCAGCGACAAGGUUUCAAGUGCAGAGAGCAGCAGUUUAUGUGGGAACUUGGAGGAAAUACUCACUUUCCAGCAGGGACUCUGUACAGCUUUGGAGGAAUGCAGCAAGAUGCCUGAAGGCCAGCAGCGCCUCGGUGGCUGUUACAUGAACAUGAUGUGCCAGAUCCGAAUGCUGUACCUGUCUUACUGCUCCAGCCAUCCUUCCGCAGUGGCUGUACUCACUGACCACAGUGAGGAGCUGGAUAAGUUCAUGGAGAGUCAGGGAGCCAGUGCUCCAGGCAUCCUGACUCUGACCACCAGUUUGAGCAAGCCGUUCAUGAGGCUGGAAAAAUAUCCCACCCUGCUGCAGGAGCUCGAAAGACAUGUAGAGGAAGCCCAUCCAGACUACAGUGAUAUACUAAAAGCAAAUAUUGCUUUUAAAAAUCUUGUGAUGCAGUGCCAAGAACUGCGCAAGCGAAAGGACCUGGAGGUGCAGAUACUGUCCGAGCCUGUGCGUGGCUGGGAGGGAGACAGCAUCAAGUCUCUCGGCCAAGUGGCCUUUAUGUCUCAGGUGCACGUGCAGAGCAGUUCUAGUGAGGACAAAGACGAACGCUACUUCAUGCUGUUUCCUAAUGUUCUAAUCAUGUUGUCUGCCAGCCCACGAAUGAGUGGCUUUAUCUAUCAGGGACGACUGCAGCUUUCAGGAGCCACGGUGACCAAACAUGUGGAGGAUGCGGAGACUGGUCAUUAUGCAUUUGAGAUUGGAGGAGGUAUGAUCGAGCGCAUGACAGUUUUCUGCAGUAGCUCCCAGGAGCUGCAGGAAUGGCUGGAGCACCUGCAUGCUUUUACCAAAGGUGGAAGUCCAGUAGGAACCAUACUGAAGAAUGUAGAGGGCAAGCCCAUGAGCACAGUCGGCACACCAUCUCAUCUGAGCCACACGCAGGGCUUCGGUACGUCCACAAUCACCCGGUGCCCUUUGGAACCACCUAAGAUCACCAAGCCGUGGUCUCUGAGCUGCCUGAGACCCGCUCCCCCACUUAAACCGUCCGCCGCACUGGGCUACAAAGAGAGGAUGUCUUAUAUCAUGAAGGAUACCAGCAAAAGCCCUAAACCCAUCAAGAAGUUCCUGAACAAGAGAAAGACGUCAGAGAGAAAACCAUCAGAUGAUGAUUAUUUGCUCAGAAAAAGUACUGCAGUUUUGGAAGAAGAUGCCCAAAUUCUGAAGGUGAUUGAAGCAUAUUGUACUGGAGCCAGCCUGCACCAGACCACAACAGCUGUGCGUAAAGACGGUGUCCCUCCAGUCCUACUACCAGAGGAGGAGAAGAUAAUUGUUGAAGAGAUGAAGAGCAACGGACAAACAGUCACUGAGGAGAAAAGCCUCGUUGACGCUGUUUACGCAUUAAAAGAUGAGGUCCAUGAGUUAAAGAAGGAGAACAGGUGGAUGAAACAGUGUCUGGAAGAGGAGCAGAAAUCCCGCAAAGAGCUUGAACGUUUGGUCAGGAAGCUGGCUAAACAGAAGAACGACUAUACGUGGGAAGAUGGAGGCCACUAAGUAACAUUCUAGAUGUUCUCCCUGUUACGCAUGUCUGAGUGAAUGAGUGGGUGUGUGUGUGUGUGUGUGUGUGUGUGUGCAUACCCGUGUGUGACCUUGUGUGUGUGCGUGUGUGUUUGUGUGCUUGUGUGUGCAAAUGUGUUUGCGCGUGUAUGUGUGUGUGUGCUUGUGAGAGAGAGUGGGUGGAUGAGUUGCUAGUUUUGGGUUCACACCAAAUGUUGCAUUGAGAAAGCCUUCCUGCCUUGUAAACUUUUUUUUUUUUUUUCCUCAUUUUUAAGAAUAACUUUCUUUGUAGAUUUCUUGCUAUGAGAUCAUUUUUGUUUGACUGAUGUCUGUACUGGGUUUCAGAAUAGGUUCCUGCAGCAUGUGUUCAGUUCCUGCAAACAGGGGCAACAAAAAAGUGUUAGACACGCAUGCAACAGGACUGCAUCAUUGUUGUGAAAGUCUGUGAUUUUGGCUAUAUGACUUAUUAUAGCAGACUUUCUGUACCUGUCCACGCUACCAUCAAAUGGUACUACGUAUUUAACUGCUAUGAAUAUCAGCGUGCAGUGUAGCUAUACAGCAGAUGCUCAGAUGAAGCCAUUGUUUCCAGGCAUUUGGAAAAAGGAAAAGAUUCAGUGUUCACUGUGGGGAAAUGUGUGGAAAAUAAGAUUCAGUCUUGAGAUUCAGCAGAAAACAUAAGUGUGUGUAUUCGUGUGUAACUGAUGAAGCCACCGUUCACCAAACAUGAAAGUGAGCUCAAAGGCCAUGUGUCUAUAUGUGAAACUACCUUCAUGGUACACUGGCAGACAGAUUCAGCAGUGGACAUCGUUGUGUCUUUAUUUCUACUUCUGUAUGUUUAUCUGAUCGAUAGAGGAAGAAUUCCUGCUUGUUAUAAGGUUAUAACAUGAACGAUAGAAUAAGUUGCACAUUAAUGACAUGAGAUGCCUUGAUUGUCAUCUUGAAAUGAUUUGUUUGCUUGUUCUUUUUUUUUUUUUUUUUUUUUCCAUUUGUUUUUUAUUUUUAAGCUUUUAAGAAAAGUUUGCAAGGUAGCUGGUGUGUUAUUACUGGCCAUCAAAAAAUAUUCCCUUCAACUGUGUCUGUUACAAUCUAUCAUAUACUGUACAGUAUUUCUAUACCCAUUCUUUACAGCAGAUAAUCUGUGUUUUUGUUUUCGUCAUUGUUAUGCUCGUUCGAAGCUGUUCAUAGCAAACGAUGCAGCUAGUCAUAGAAAUAAAAUACCAUUUCAAUACUAUUAAGGUAUAAAUUAUAAUGUAUGUAUAUCAUAUAUACUUUAAAACAGUAUAUAAUAGCUAGCAUAGCCAAAAAAAAUCCUGUAUGCUCUUAUAUUUAGUAAUAAUACAAUAAUUGAUUAUUACCUCCAUAUUCUGAGGUUGUAAAAAAUAUAUAUAUUUAUUUUUGAAUGCAGUAGUCCUGUAUUGAGAACAUGGUACUUGGGCCUCUUUAAGCACUCCUAUAACCGUACACCUCAUUUAACAACCUGGUCUGUGUUUGUUGGAAGUUUUUUUCAUAGGAAAUCAGUUUUAAGAAAAGCUAUUACUGUUAAUCUCACCCCCGAUUUUUUUUUUAUUUAAAAUACAAUCAGCUUUUUGUGAAUUCUUGCCACUUUGCAAUCAUGAGGCCAUGCUGAACUUGCAGAGAAAUUAGCGGUAUAUUUACAGCUGCUACAGCACUAAUGCAUUUGGUAAGCCGUUUCUAUUAAAGGCUGUUGCACUGCAGGAUUAUUAUGUUAGGGCUCCGUGAAUGUGAAUUUGUAAAUGAAUAACCAAAUUUAGGUGUAAGGGUGUAAGUCAAAUGAAUCGUUUAUAGCUGUUAGUCGAUCGAUGUUAGUAAUCGUUUUUAUAUCAUGUACGAAUGCUAAACUGGUACCCUGUUGGAUACACAUUGUACACUCUGCAUAUGCAUAGGCAUAUGAAUAAUGAAAUUGCAAUGUACAGUGCUUAUAACACAAAAAGAUGGAUGACGAAUUAAAGGAGAAAAAAACCCAGCAGCUUAUUAAUAAGGAGUUGGUUCUUCACAAGCCACUAGUAUAGCUUCCACGGACUGAUGAACAUCAUUCAUUUAAAAGAUAUUCUUUCUGUUGUCACUCACAAACUGUAGGUGUUUGGUUGGAAUGUUGGAAUCUGCAAGGACAUAGUGUAGGAUUUACAGCAGUUUGAUCCUGAUCAAACCUUUUAAGGUGAGCCUUUUUGUUCCUUGUAGUAAUGGAGGCACUGGCAUCGUAAAAAAAGAGCACUCUCAUCAGAAUAGAAAUGUUUCAUUAUGGGUUAAAGGUGAUUAGUCAGAAUAACUUUGAAUUCAUUCGCACUGGCACUUCCCUCGGAUGAGACACAAUGACCUAUAUCAGCAAACCACCAUCUGCUGCAUAAGAGCUCCCUUUUUUGCCCCUUUAAUUCGUCAUUCAUCUGUUUCAUUACCUUGAAACUGUUUGAUGUAAAACUAGACACUGUGGGCAAUAUUACUAUAAAUAGGUGUAUAUUUAUAAGCAUAAGGAGCGGUGGAAUAGUAUAUUUGAAGCCAUAAAACAGGAAAGGAUGCGUUGGCGCAGUCCUGCAAAAAAAAAAAUAAUAAUAACCAACUAGUAUUCCAUGCAAUAAGACUGAAGACUGGUUUACUGUUAACUGUUAUGCAUUGACUUUGAGGAGCCUCAAUUUGCACUGAGGUGUGUUCUCCAACUAGUCGACAGGAUUUACUCCUAUAUCCUAUAAACGAUGCUGUUUCCACAGUGCUGUGAUCAGAUUUAUUUUUUAUUUUUUUGGAAAGUUACUGGUACUACUCAGUAAUUUGUUUAAGCUGUGCUUUUGUGUGUUUUGCAUAGCUGUAAGUAUUAUUUAAAAUGUCUGUAGUUGCUAUCAACAUUAUUCACAUUGACACACAAUGUAUUUCGUUUCCACCACAAGUCACUUUCAUGGCAUCCUAUGUACAAUUGAAAUCCCAGUCCAGCUGUUGUGAUUUAUGUCAUGUGCAUAAUUAUCCAUAAUUCAUGUGCUGCUUCAUAAUCUGAAGGACUGAUUGUGCCGAGUGCUGUUUGUUUCCAUUUUUAUAGUACUAUAUGAUCACAUGAUAUUUGUUCAGCUUAAUAUUGUAUUCUGUCACUGAUGUCAUGAAUGUGGCUGGGAUUAGAUAAAACUGCCUGAUAUCUGUAGCACUUGCAGGACAUUUUUUUUCUUGUUCAUCUAGUUCAUUAUUUUUAUUUUUGUUAAGUGCCCAAGUCUGCAGACCAUGUGGAUUUCUAUGCAAAUAACAUUUGUUACAUAUAUAUUCAUUUUCUUUUUAUUUUGUUCGUGCUUCUGUUCCUUUUUUUUCCCUUUGCCUUCAUUUUUAAAGGAACUGUUUUAAUAAAAACAUAAAUAAUA